CUCUUUCAACACUUUGAUUGGUCGUGAAAGCGGCGCUUGCAUUCUCGAUCGGGCACACUUAGUUCCAUUCGAGCAUCGACAAAGAGCAGAUCUGACGUUCGUUGUUUAGGGCUUUCACCGGGCGAAAGCAAUCAGUAAUGGCUAUUGGACUAUCGCCGUUCUGGACGUUUCUGUUGGCGGUCGGAUGUCUGGUAUUGUCCGCAUGUGGAUCGGCUAUUCCCUGUGUGGAAUCGGACUCAGAACCAGUGGCAGCCGGUAGUCUGGAGUGGCAACCUCGCACACCGGAGCAGACUCUGUACGCGUACGUACGAUGUCUUAACGAUUCAUCCGCCAGCAUAGAGCAGAAGAUUAAUUGGGUCAAGUGGCAUCCGGAUACGACCUACGAGAGCCAGUGCUACGUGAAGUGUGUCAGCGAAGAAUUGCGACUCUACGACCCUAAGGAGAAACGGUUCCGUCCGGAAAGGUUUGUCCUACAGGCAGAAUCUUUUUUCAAUGCAGAUCCGGAGCAGCUGGAGGCCCUCAGAACUAAUGCCGAGCCUAUGCUUGCCGGCGUCUUGGAGGACAACUCGUGCGAAUCUGUGUUCAACAAGUAUGCAACAUUCUACGCUGCCCAUCACAGCACAAUUCUGCGCAUGUUUCACGGUGACUAUCGGGAUAUCGGCAAGACCUAUGCCGACCUCGGCGAUCGGGUUAAGCAGAUUGGCCAAAAGUUUGUGGAUUUUUGCGAGAAGCGAACGGACUUCAAGAUGACCGAAGGGCACAGCUGUCCGCCGGAAGCGUUUCUCGAUUGUGUCUUCCGAGGUUUUCGCUGGAUCACCGAGGAAGGCGAAGUGAAUGUCAAUGAAAUCCGUCGUGACUACGAGGCGGCUGGACUGGGCGUAAACCAUAUGGAAGAUUACUGUGGAUCGGCGGCGGCUGGUGCACGGCAGUUGUUCAACUGUUUGCUGGACAAGGGAGGCAGCAAUUUGGGAAUGGUGAUGAUGGACCGAAAUCAGAGGACGGCGUUCUAUUUUGACCUUUCGUCACAGGAGGAGCCAUGGAAAUCGGCGGUUGAUUUUGCGAAUAAUCUCUAAUCAGCGAAGCAGUUAAAUGGUGGUUAAAAAUACCAUGGUGGACUGAUAAGUUAGGCUUUAUUUUUAAUUUCACGAAUGUAAAGAAUGCGUCUACGACAAGAAAGCUCCAAAAAAGCGAUUCUUGUGGCAAUAAUAAAGUGGUCAGAUAUGUGAAACACUUUUGAUAAAAA